AAAAUGUAGCUAAAAAUGCAAAAUCUUAAACCUGUGCGAAAAUUGAGAAGUUAUUUGAGCUUACCGUGGGUAUGUUGCUUUAAUGUAUGUAUUUACAUGAGGUUUAUUCGCUUUUGUAUUUUGUGAAAUAGUGGGCGAACUUACAUCUGAAAUAGAGGUUGUAAAUAUGAAUACUACAAAAGUAUAUAACGUGUUGAAAACUGGAAUUCAAAAUGUGCAUUUUAAAAAUUGGUCAGAGACAUUCCAAUGUAGGCCUGAAUUGUUUUUUAUUCCUAGCACAGAAGAAGAAAUUAAGCAGAUAUUGGAAUUUGCACGAGAGAAAAGGAAGAAGGUCCGUGUAGUGGGCUGUAGACAUUCUCCAUCUGAUAUUGCUUGCACAGAUGAUGUUAUGAUAAGUCUGAAGAAUUUCAAUAGAAUUCUGAAGGUUGAUAAAAAGAACCUACAAGUAAUGGUUGAAGCUGGGGCAGUUAUAAGUGACCUGAAUGAAAGCUUAUAUUCACAUAAUCUUGCUCUUCCUGUGUUAGGAUCAACAUCCAAUAUAUCCAUUGGUGGUGCCAUAAGUGUUGCCACACAUGGCAGUGGUAUCAGAUAUGGUACAUUAUCUACCUAUGUUACAGAGUUGGAUCUGAUGUUAUCUGAUGGUUCCGUGAAGAAAUUUUCAGCAGAUAGAGACAAGGAAUUAUUCCUUGCUGCUGUCUGCAGUCUUGGAUCAUUUGGUAUUAUACUAAGAGUUUCAUUACAGUGUGAAGCAGCGUUUAAUCUGCAACUCCGACAGUAUAGCUUAGGGCUGCAAGAUGUGAUUGAACAUCUCGAUGUGCAUAUUGAAGGUUCUGAUCACUUCAGAUUCAUGUGGUUUCCAUACACAGAGGGUGUAGUAGUUUGCCAUUCUCAAAGGACUGAAAAACCCAUUACAAAGGUGUCUUGGCUGCAGAAAUGUUAUGAUUGGUUUUGGAACUAUGGCAUUGGUUAUUAUUCUUUGGAAUUUUGUUAUUAUUUGAGCUACGAAAAACACAGAACACAAGAAGAUAUCCAAGAAGAACACCGAACACAAGAAGAUCCACCAUGUGCAGAUAGCG